CGUGGUGUCGGCAGCUAACAGCAGUCAGCGAGUUUUCGUCAAAAGAGAUUUUCCAAACGCUUUUAAUAACUCUUUAAAGAUAUAUCCAAGAUGGCCGAAAAGUUCGACAACCUCGAGGAGCAUCUGGAGAAAUUCAUCGAGAACAUUCGACAGUUAGGAAUCAUUGUUAGCGACUUCCAGCCGAGCAGCCAGGCGGUCCUCAACCAGAAGCUGAAUUUCAUGAUUUCUGGACUACAAGAUGUCGAGAAGUGCCGUCAACAGCUUCAUGAGAUCAACGUUCCCCUGGAGGUGUUCGAGUACAUUGACCAAGGCCGAAACCCUCAGCUGUACACCAAGGAGUGUCUGGAAAGAGCCUUGGCAAGGAACGAGCAGGUCAAAGGGAAGAUAGACACUAUGACGAAAUUCAAGAGUCUUUUAAUUUCCGAACUUAGUAAGGUUUUCCCAGAGGAAAUGGCCAACUACAGAGCUAUACGUGGAGAAGAUUCACCCUCCUAGAGGCUGCUGGAGAUUAUUCCCAGGCUGACCUCCAACCUGUGACCCCCCCCCUGGAAUGAAAGCCUGGAAGGAGUUUAACAAAGCAGGAAGCUGCGACCGCCAACAGCUGAUUAUUAUUAUUGUUGUGCGAUGCUGUUGGCGUCUGGAGCGAGGAGGUUUCAUAUCCGCCUCAGCUAGUCGUUGCCUUUUUGUAAAUUGAAACACUUUGUCAAGCGAGUUUUGGAGAACCAGACGAUUUUUAUACAACAGGUUUGUGCGUUCGGAGAUAUUUCUAUAAGCGGAUACAAUAAAUCACCAGUAUUUAACGCUUGAAGCUGUACAAACAACAAGCUGCAGUUCUGUAUGAAGGAUUGACUCCAUCAGGCACAGGUACUGAAUAUAUACACUCUUAUUACUGACCUUUUUGUAGUACUACUUUGUUGUUGUGCACAGUUUUAUAACAUUUUGAGUC